AUGCCAGAGGCUGUUCUCAAUGUUCUUGCACAAUACACCACUUCGAAUUCUGCCUGGAAAGCUUUGGAGCAGAGAUUCUCUAGUCAAUCGAAGAAGGGUAACCUCUCAAUCUCUGACUAUUUCGAUAAAGUAAAACUCUUACCUAAUUCUUUAUCGACUGCUGGAUAUCCAUUAGAAGAGCAUGAUCUUAUAAUGCAUCUCAUGAAUGGGUUAGGCCCUGAAUUUGACCCUAUAGUUGUUCAUGUCACCAAUAGAGUUGAUGACCUUUCUUUUGAGUCUAUUCAGUCUUUGUUACUGUCUCGUGAAACAAGACUAGGAAGACACUAUUAUUUGGGUGAACUCAAUAACAAAAUGGUUGCUAAUUUGACUCUUGGACCCCAACGGUUUGACGAAACCUUCAUUACCCCAAAGAUUUGUGAUAGUCCCUCCCGUGCAUACUUGACUAAGAUUGAUGAACAUUUUUCUCCUCAAGCAUACAACACUACUACCCUUCUUGAUUUUGGUGAUGACACGGAGUGGUAUGCUGAUACGAGUGCAACAAACCAUGUAGCCCUCAGCAUGGAACAUCUUGAAACUGAAAGUCCUUAUACUGGCUCAGAUUCUCUUACUGUAGGCAAUGUUCCUCAAAUUAAAAAGAACUUAGUUGGUGUUUCAAAGCUUACUAAGGAUAAUAAUGUUUUCAUGGAAUUUCAUUCAACUUAUUGCUUUGUUAAGGACAAAUUUUCAGGGAAAGUGUUGCUCAAAGGGAGAAUUAAGGAUGGCUUGUACAUGCUCUCGCAAAAGUCUCUCUCCAAUUAUGAGGUCCCUCUACAGUGCAAUCUUGCUACAACUUGCUCUAAAUGUUCUUGUGUAGACUCUAUCUCUCACAUCUCCUCCAUCCCUCAAAUCUCAGCCUCCAUCCCUCAUAUCUCCUCCAUCUCUCUCUCGUCUUUCUCUAUCUCUCUGUCAGUAGGGUUCCAUUCGUUGGGUUGUUUCAAUCCUCUUCGGUCUUGGCAAGCCAGUCCAGUAAAUCCUACCAGUACAUGGGGUCCACUUAUUUUCAUUUUUGUUGUCUCUGCAACAAAAGAGGCAUGGGAUGAUUACCACAGAUUUCUUUCAGAGAAGAAAGCGAAUGAGAAAGAAGUUUGGGUUAUGAGGCAGGGCAUAAAGAAACAUGUUCAAGCACAAGAUAUUCAUGUGGGUAAUAUAGUAUGGCUCCGAGAGAAUGAUGAAGUGCCAUGUGAUCUGGUUUUGAUUGGGACAUCUGAUCCGCAAGGAAUGUGCUAUGUUGAGACUUCUGCUCUAGAUGGUGAAACGGAUCUAAAGACCAGGUUUAUUCCCUCAGCUUGCAUGGGGAUUGAUCUAGAACUCUUGCACAAAAUCAAGGGUGUGAUUGAGUGCCCUGUUCCUGACAAGGACAUUAGAAGAUUUGAUGCAAAUUUACGGUUGUUUCCUCCUUUUAUUGAGAACGAUAUGUGCCCAUUAACCAUUAAAAACACAAUUCUUCAGUCAUGUUACUUGCGGAAUACCGAAUGGGCAUGUGGAGUAGCUGUUUAUACAGGCAAUGAAACCAAGUUGGGUAUGAGUAGGUGCAUACCUAAACCAAAGCUUACAGCUAUGGAUGCUAUGAUUGACAAGUUGACUGGAGCUAUAUUUGUUUUUCAAAUUGUCGUUGUUAUGGUUCAUUUAACCUCUUCCUUGAUGCAACAUCUGAUCGUUGCUCAUAGUUGCAGCAGGGAUGGGUCCGAUUCUUGCUAUAAAGUUCUUCCGGUACACGUACAGACCAAGUAAAAUCAAUACGCUUCAGCAGGCUGAACGUUUGGGUGGAUUUAUCCUGUCACUGGGCAACAUCAAGCCCCAAGCAAGAUCAAUAGAGAAAGAUGUUACUCCUUUGUGUUAGGAGUGUGUCCUAAAAGCAUGAAAAGACAUUUGUUUUUUCUGUGAAUAAAUAAAUAUAUUGGUUUAUUAUUAUUGUCA